AUGGAGAAUAGAAACAAUGUCACAGAGUUUGUUCUACUGGGGCUUACACAGAAUCUGAAGAUGCAAAAAAUGGUAUUUGCUGUAUUUUUAACCAUCUAUAUUAUCUCCAUGGUAGGAAAUGUGCUGAUUGUGGUCACCAUCACUGUCAGCCCAUUGUUGGGGUCCCCUAUGUACUUCUUCUUGGUCCAGCUCUCCUUCAUUGAUGCCUGUUAUUCCUCUGUCAAUACCCCUAAACUGAUUGCAGAUUCACUGCAUGAAAAGAAGACCAUCCUAUUCAAUGGAUGCAUGACACAAAUUUUUGGGGAGCAUUUUUUGGGAGGUGCCGAGGGUAUCCUGCUGACUGUGAUGGCCUAUGACCGCUAUGUGGCCAUUUGCAAGCCUUUGCACUAUGCAACCAUCAUGAACCAGAGAUUGUGCAACCUUCUAGUGGGAGUGUCCUGGGUUGGAGGCUUUCUUCACGGAGCCAUACAGAUCCUAUUCAUCUUCCGGUUGCCCUUCUGUGGCCCUAAUGUCAUAGAUCACUUCAUGUGUGAUCUGAACCCCUUGCUCAACCUAGCCUGCACUGACACCCACAUGCUCGGGUUAUUCGUUGCUGCCAACAGUGGCUUCAUCUGUCUGUUGAACUUACUCCUGCUGUUGGUCUCUUAUGUGAUUAUCCUGAACUCCCUAAAAAGCCACAGUUUGGAGGGGAGAAGCAAGGCCCUCUCCACCUGUGCCUCUCAUAUCACAGUGGUUGUCUUAUACUUUGUUCCCUGCAUCUUUGUGUACAUGAGACCAGCAGCUACUUUGCCCAUUGAUAAGGCAGUUACUGUGUUCUACACCAUGAUAACUCCCAUGUUAAAUCCCUUAAUCUAUACUCUAAGAAAUGCUCAAAUGAAAAAUGCCAUUAGGAAGCUGUGUAGUAAUAAUGUUAUUUCAGAUGACAAAUAA